AUGGCUACCCAAACGCAGACCGUCACCCUCCCGGAGACGCAACAAGCCGUCCAAAUCGUGGAGUUCAACAAACCCCACGAGCUCAGGACCAUCCCCACUCCCUCCGUCUCCGACCUGCGCCCGCACGAGGUGCUCAUCAAAAUCGCCGCCUCGGGUCUCUGCCACAGCGACCUGGAAUACCUCAAAGGCGGCUUCCCCCUCGAUCUGCCCGUGACAGCAUGCCACGAAGGCACAGGCACGGUGAUUGCCUUUGGCUCCAACAUGCAUCGCUUUAAAGUGGGCGACCGUGUCGUCGCCGGCCAGACGUUCGGGUGCUGCGGCGAUUGCGAGGACUGCAAUGGCCCGGAGCAUUCCAGGCAUUACUGCCAGAAUCGCGAGACGAUGAUGUGUGCUGGGGGCCGCAACGGCGCGUUCCAGGAGUACCUUGUUAUCGACGGGAGGGAGGCGUCGAAGAUCCCGGAUGCGAUGAGCUUCGCUACUGCGGCGCCGCUGGCUUGUGCGGGCAUGACGGCUUGGAGGGCGGUGUUGAACGCCAAGUUGAAGUCCGGGCAGUGGAUUGGCAUCAUGGGUAGUGGUGGCGGUCUGGGGCAUUUGGCCAUCCAGUUUGCGAAGAAGGUGCAUGGAUUGAAGGUUGUGGCGGUGGAUGCGAGAGAUGACGGACUGGCGUUGAGCAAGGAAAUGGGAGCUGACGUCGUCCUGGACGCGCGAAAGGGAAAGGACGCCGUCGUCGAGGGGGCCAAGGCUGCGACUGGUAAGCAGGGCGGAGUGGACGCGACGAUUGAGCUCUCCGGCCACCCCACCGCUGCCGAGACGGGAGCCGCGAUCGUCAGGAACCACGGAAGAUUCGUUCAGGUCGCAAUCGUCGACCGCGUCUCGAUUCCCGUCCUCGAAUUCCUCUUCCGCGACAUUCACGUCUCGGGAUCGUUGAUGGCGUCUCAGAAGGAAACGGAGGAGAUGCUGCACGCGGUCGUGAAGCACAAGAUCCACGUCGAGAACAACAUUUUUGAUGGACUCGCGGUGAUCCCGAAGGUCGUGGAGAUGCUCCAGAAUGUGCAGUAUCGAGGCAAGGCGGCCAUUGUGGUGGAUGAGAAUGCCGUUGGCGUGAGGCCUGGGGAUGGGAGGGUGUAG